CUUUUUUUUAUUUAUUUAUUUUUUAAAAUCACAAUAACCUAAAGUCUAGCAGUUGCAAAAUGCACACUUUUUGGAUUCCGUGUGUCCAGAGAAUAUUUCCUUUAAGGCAACACAUGUAUGCAUGAUGUUGCAUCAUUUGUUGUAUUCUUGCAGAAGCCUCACAACAUGCCAACAGCAACCCGCCGCAAAGGCUUCGUUAUGCAAUAACUGAGACGGUGUGACGGCCUCUUAUUUCUUUAGAAACCGUGGCGUUGCGACCUCUAAAAACAUUCAGCACCGGCUGCAUGAAAAGACUGGUGGGGCUUCUUGCGGAGGGAGAGAGAGGGAGUGAGUAAUGGCUGGAUCAGUAGUAGUUUCUGUACAGGGUUUCUUAUUAUUUACCAGAGCCCGCGGGCGGAGUCACAGCGGAGUCAUGGACGUGGGCGGGUUUUUUCCUGCGAACACACCAGCGCCGGUGUCCAUAUAUGGUUCUCGACGUCACUCACCGGAGGUCCCAUUCACAUAAAACCGAUCGGCCGGAAUCCCCUUGGAGGAAAUGUAGACACAGACUCGCACUGGGCUCGCUGCUCGCCCACUUUCGCAUCCAGCUCAGUUGUUUAAGGCAAUAACAACAACAUCAAGAAGAAGAAGAAGAAGUCUUCAAAAUGAAGGUCUCCAGCAUUGACUGCCGGCGUCUUAAGAAGAUCAUCAGGAAGGAGUGCGGGACCUGUCUCAUUGUGGACUGUCGACCCUAUUUUUCAUUCACGAACUCCAGUAUUAAAGGGUCCGUCAACGUGAAUCUCAACUCUCUGGUGGUCCGGAGGUCCCGGGGAGGGCCUGUGCCUCUGCAGUUCGUCAUCCCGGACGAGAGAGCCCUUUUUCGGCUCCGGGAAGGGAGCAUAUCGGCUAUCGUGGCUCUCGAUGACCGGACGUCCCACUGGCAGAAGCUGAAAAAGGACAGUGUAGCACAAAUAGUAAUAAACACGCUGUCGCAUCUAGCGAGCGGGGCAAGCAUCUGCUUCUUGAAAGGAGGAUACGAAAACUUCUACUCUCAAUACCCUGAACUUUGCACUGAGGUGAAAACCAUUGACCAGAGCGGAACUGAAACCGAGAAAAGAGUCAGCAGCCACAGCGAGAAGCUUUCUCACCGCAAACCAGAUUAUGAUCAGGGUAAACCCGUAGAGAUCCUGCCUUUCCUCUACCUCGGCAGUGCCUACCACGCUUCUAGACAGGACUAUCUCAGCGACCUUCACAUCACAGCCUUGCUCAACGUGUCGCGUCGGGACCUGCAUCCGACCAGGGGCCACUAUGACUACAAGUGGAUCCCGGUGGAGGAUAGCCCCAUGGCCGACAUUAGCUCACACUUCCAGGAGGCAAUAGAAUUCAUUGAUCAAGUGAAGCAAUCAGGAGGGAAGGUACUGGUACACUGCGAAGCAGGCAUCUCACGCUCGCCCACCAUCUGCAUGGCGUACAUCAUGAGGACCCAGAAACUGAGGCUCAAUGAAGCCUUCGAGGUCAUCAAGCAGCGGCGCUCCGUCAUUUCGCCCAACUUCAGCUUCAUGGGCCAGCUGUUGCAGUUCGAGUCCGAGGUCCUGUCCAAUGCUCCGGCCAUGGCUGCCACGCCCGAACCGGCCACUCCGUGCGUCACAGAGUCAGCCUCGUUUUUUGCCAAUGACUUCUCCGCCACUUUCAGCACCAAAAACUUUGAGCCAUCCAUGUUCACCCUCCCUACCUCUUGCCUGCAGUCCCCAGGACACCACCCGUUGAAACUGAGCCCACUAACUGCACUGCCUUAAAGAAAAAAAAGAACUAUGAUUGCUUGGUAGUAUUACUUGAAAUUUUAAGAAUCAAUGCUUUCUGCGUGCCUGAUGUUGAGACCAGCAGAGCGGGUAGACGCAGCGGAAAUCAGCAAGAGACACAGCGAAGAGUUAAAAAUAACAAAGAACUGUGUUCGAUUGAAAGGUUUUCCGGUCUUUUGAGCUGCGAUGAUGAAACAACACAGCACAGUGAUUAACUGCAAUAUACAUGCCUUAGGUUAAUAUUGUGAUUCACUGGCCUAUUCACAAUUACGGUUAAGCAUUUAAACCUAAUUUAUUUAAAAACAAUGGUCUGUUUUUUCAAUAAUGUAGGAAAUGAAAUGUGUUUAAUAAAUGUUUUCACCACUGAAA